GAAGGGUAACGCCACAUCAUCAAUAACAGAGGGACCAGAAGCUAACUAGCUAGAUCGGAGAUGAAUGACGGCCCCAACUAACGUAGGAUAAUGGUUCCGCUUAAAGAAAUUCAAAAGCUACUGCAGCGGAUAUGGGGGAACUGGAACAUCCAUGCCAUUGUUGUGGCUAGCCUUGGGUUCCAGUGCGUGCUGGAAUUCGUAGCGCCGUUGAGAAAAAGGAGAAAGAAAGUGCCCAUCCACCUGACAAUCUGGUGUGCCUAUUUACUCGCCGACUACUUUGCCACCUUCGGCAUAGCCCUCAUCAAUAGCAACUCCGACGAGGAAGACGCCGCCGGCCCCCUAUCGUCCCUCCUGGAGGCUUUCUGGGCACCCUUCCUCUUACUCCACUUGGGCGGCCCCCACGCCAUCACCUCCUUCAACAUAGAAGACAACAACUUAUGGCACCGCCAACUCCUCACCCUCAUUGUUCAGUCUUUCUCCGUUCUCCUUGUUUUCUACCGCUACAAAAUCUACCGCCACCGCUGCUUAACCAUCUCCGCCGGGAUCGUCUUCUUCGUCGGAAUUGUCAAGUACGCUGAACGGAUCCACUCCCUUUACCUGGCAUCUGUGUCCCAUAUGAGGAGGUCAAUGCUCGAAAAUUCUUCUUCAAGUAAGGAAUCCGAGGAACGGGCGCCGGCGAAUCUGGACGACGAACUGGACAUCCUCCACAGAGGGUACAUGUACUACAAACUCUUCAAAGGAUUCAUCUUGGAUCAUGCGUUUAUCCACAUUGAGGAUAAACUAGAGGCGAUUAAGAAGGUGUUUUUGAGGAUAGAUGAUCAUGAGACCGCGUAUAAAAUCCUGGAAGUGGAACUCAACUUCAUGUAUGAGUCCAUGUUCACCAAGAUGGCUGCCGUCCAGUGGAUAAGUUCAAUCGAAUAUGCAUACCGAUUUGUGGUUCAUGUUUUACUGGUAGCGGUGACGAUCACGUUUUACUUGUGUGAAAAGUCCGACGCUAGUUCUAUUCACAUCUCUAUUACCUAUCUCUUGCUGGGCGGUGCAGUUGUGUUAGACUUGGUGUCUAUUGGGAAGCUGGUUUGCUCUGAGUGGACUGUAGCUCUAAUGAUGGAGAAGCAGAAGGAAGAGAGAAAUUAUAAUCGUCUGAGAAGCCGGAGGUGGAUAAUGAAACGCAUCAACACUGUACGUACAUGGUUUUCGUCCAGAAAACGUUGGUCCAAACAAAUCCGACAAUACAGCUUGAUCAACCACUCCUCCUUUAAGCAACGGUGGCAACCGUUGGACAAAAUAAUCAACCGCUCCGGCCUCAUCAGAGAGAAACUUGAUGCGUGGCACUACACUACAAUUCAGCCGGUUGAGUGCCUCCUGCUCCGGCGGGUUUUCCAUGCCGUCAAGAACAAGGCGGAGGCAACAGAGACUAAAGGCGGCGGUGAUGAACAUCGGCGACCUGAGGUUCAUCAUGAAUACGACAAUUGUGUGUUAAUUUGGCAUGUUGCUACGGAGAUAUGCUAUUUCACACCUGCAGCUGCGGCGGAGGAAACAAAAAUGAAAGAUAAUAAAAAACUGUGCAGAAAUAUUUCGGAAUAUUUGGUGUACUUUCUGGUAAUGGAGGGGAAACUCACGUCCACUGUCCCCGGAAACAUAGGAUUGAGAUUCAAAGACAUAUGCUGCGAAGAAGUUGAACACACCAUUAAUGAAAUUGUGGCCAGGUUGUCCAAAACAACAUUUCGGGAAGAAGAUACAUGUAAUAGGAAGUGCACAAGGUGGGAAAAACUCAAAAUGAAAUGGGAAGGUAAGAAGAGGGGAGAAGUUUGUGAACAUCUGCUACAAAAGUUGAGAGACGACAGCGAAAAUGGAAGUGCAAAAAGUAGUGAUGCUGAUGAUUAUGCUAAGUCCAUAUUGUCCGAAGCUAUUAACCUUGCAAAGCAUUUGAAAAGCUGCUGCAGACAAGAUCCAGAUCCAGAGGGACCAAACAGUAUUAAUCAGAAUGAACAGGAUGUUGAAAAUCCGGGUUCAGUAGAGGAACUGAUCGUUGAAGAAGAUCGUUGUUUGGAGGAGGAAUUGUGGGAAAUUUUGAGUCAUGUGUGGAUAGGGUUUCUGUUGUAUGGAGCUAGCCAUUGCAGACACGACGUUCAAUAUCUCAACAAAGGUGGAGAGCUUCUUACGUUUGUCCGCCUUUUGAUGGUUCAUUUUGGGCUCAGAGAAGCCUUCAGGGAUGAUGGUGGUGCUGGUGGAGGAUUCAAACUUGCAGCAGAAUUGCAGAAAGUAAUUAAAGAUAGAAACCUACUAAAAUUUCUCCCUAAAAUCACCUCUAAUUUUUUGCCUUAG